AUGGCAAAGAAGCCAAGCAUGGGACGCCAGAAGAUCAAAAUUGCAAAAAUACAGAUCAAAAAUCACUUGCAAGUCACCUUCUCCAAACGUAGGUCUGGUCUUUUCAAAAAGGCAAGUGAGCUUUGCACACUUUGUGGAGUUGAAAUUGCCAUAAUAGUCUUCUCUCCGGCUGGAAAGGCAUUCUCUUUCGGCCACCCUUACGUCGAGUCCAUCGUCGAUAGGUUACUCACUCGGAACCCUCCCCCAAACUCCAAUGCCCUCCAUUUUGUCGAGGAGGCUCAUCAGACCGCCACCGUCCGAGAACUCAAUUUACAACUCACCCAAGUUCUUAAUGAACUAGAAGGUGAGAGAAAAAGGGGUGAGGCACUGGACCAUAUCAGAAAAGCUAGCCAGAGCCACCACUGGUGGGAAGCCCCCAUAGACGAGCUCGGUUUGAAUGAGCUUGAACAACUGAGGGACUCCAUGGAAGUGCUGAAGAAGAAUCUAAGCAAUCAAAUCAGCAAGAUCAUGACUGAUCAGGCAGCAAACCCUUCGCCAUUUUUUGAUUCUUUUGAUCACUUUGAGAGUAAACCAGUUCAGGUCCAUUUUGCUUCAACUGCACCUCAGCUCUGUAGCUUUGGAUAUGGCCAUGAAUUUUUAUGA